CCCAUUCGCCGAUGCAAGCUUACUGCCAUCUUUCCCCAUCCUUUGCCUCCUCACCUGCACCUGCUCAUCGCCGCCUUACCACUGCUGCAGCCGUAGCAGCAGCAGCAGAAGCAGCAGCAGCACCAGAAGGAGCAGCAGACUCAGCAGCAGCAGCAGCAGCAGCAGUAGCAGCAGCAGCAGCAGCAGCUGAAGGAGCAGCAGCAGCAGCAGCAGCAACAGCGGCAGCAGCAGCAGCGGCAGCAGCAGCAACAGCAACAGCAGCAGCAGCAGCAGCAGCAGCAGUAUCUACAGCCAUCCCCAUCCUCCCCUCCUCUUUGAGCCGCCGCGGGUCCACCCGCCGCCACUCCCUCCUGGCCACUGCGGCUUUCUAGGCGAGCUCAUGCGUUCUUCCCCUGC